CAUUGUCAUUUUUUCUACUUAGAUGGAACAUCCAACAUUUAGGAGGGCCCCUAAUGGGACCCUUCUCCUGAAGGCCUCUUCUGAGGCUCAGGCUCUGGGGCCCCAGAAGGCCAGCUGCAGGGCCAGACCAGCAGAGGAGGUGGAGGAGGAGGCCCGGGCCCACGUCGUCUCCAUGGGUGGAGACGUCACCAACGCCACCCUGGUGCUGAGCCGGUGGAGGGUCCAGUUCGGCCGGUACCAGGGCCAGACCUUCCACUGGCUGCUGGAGAACGACGUGGGCUAUGCUGUGAACCUGGUUUCAUCCCACCAGAAGGAGCGAGAGAGGACAGGGUCUCAGUCCCCGCUGAUGGCCAACAAGGACGCCUUCACCCGGUACUCCUCUGGAUACCCGGACUUUGUGGAAGCCGUCGGGUUCCACAGAGCCUUUGAGGAGGCCCGGGUGAAGUCCCUGCAGCCUGGACAGGAGGGACAGGCCCUUGUUGGCUUCGGGGACUUCAAGUUUGAGACCCUGCGGAGCCUGUACGAGUCUGAGGACCCCAAGAAGAUCCGAUUCGUCAACUACCUGCAACGGAAGGCGCCAGCUCCAGGCACGCAGAUGGAGAACGCCGUCCACUAUCCUCCUGCAGACCAGCUCUUCCCUCAAAACAACCUGAGGAGCCCACAGAUGAAGAGCUGGUCCAGGCGGUAG